AUGCCGACCUCGGAAAAUACUGUGAUUGAUCUCUUCCAAGGGUGGCCGGCCCCCAGCCUGCUUCCCACCUCGCUCCUCCAGGCGGCGUCCCAAACACUCCUUUCAAAUCCGUCUCUUUCAACGCCAUCACUCCUUUAUGGCCCGGAUCCAGGUCCGCCGUCUCUGCUGGAGACGCUCUCUGUCUUUUUGUCCAAGUUCUAUUCAACGCCGUGGACGUCUCCCUCUCGAUUAACCAUCACCGGCGGAGCGAGCCAAAGUCUGGCAUGUAUCCUCCAAGUAUAUACAGAUCCUUCUUUCACCAAGAAUGUGUACAUGGUGGCACCGACCUAUUUCCUGGCGUGUCGCAUUUUCGAAGAUAAUGGGUUCGCCGGCAGGCUGAGGGCCGUCCCGGAAGACCAGGAAGGUAUCGACAUUGAGAGGCUGGAGGAACUACUCGCUCGUGACGACUUGGAAAAUGGAUGGCGUGACCAACGUCCCACGAAACAACCUCUUCCCUGUCAGAAACAUUUUCAGAACAUCAUCUACUGUGUCCCCACAUUUUCCAAUCCAUCUGGAAAGACCAUGUCUCUUCGCCGGAGAGAACAACUCGUCCGCUUAGCUCGUAAGCACAACGCUCUGGUUGUCACCGACGAUGUCUACGACCUGCUCCACUGGAACCCGACUCGGCUUGGUGAGGCUGCCGUGCCGCGACUGGUGGAUGUAGAUCACACCCUCGACGGCGGUGUGGUCUCCCCGUUCGGAAAUGUGGUUAGUAAUGGUUCCUUUUCCAAAAUCCUCGGGCCAGGCCUUCGCACCGGAUGGACAGAAUCCACGGAACUCUUCGCAUUGGGGCUAUCAAAGUGCGGAUCGACGCGCAGCGGCGGUUCUGCCAGCCAGUUCACUGCAUCCACUAUCGCCGAAUCUCUCCGAUCGAGUGCCUUUCAACAAUACCUGGACUGUGUCCUGGUCCCGGCCUAUCGCCAUCGUGCUGCAAUUGCAUUGGAAGCGGUGCAGAGAUACCUGCUGCCUCACGGGGCCAUUUUGAUCUCCCUAGACGGAAAUUCCAACCCAAAACUCCCGAAAAACACCAGCCUUGCGGUGGAUGGCGGUUACUAUAUUUAUAUCCACCUGCCUGAACAGCUCGAUGCCACACGAUUCGCCGAAGUGGCAGAGCGACAAGAAAAUGUCAUUGUGGGCAGCGGGGAGAAUUUCGAGGUCGUGGGAGACGAAGCCAGUGUCCGGAUCAAACAUGGUGUACGUUUGUGCUUCGCGUGGGAAGACGAAGAUCGUAUUGUUGAAGGCAUCCGGAGACUCGGUAAGGUGUUGGAGCAAGCCAUGGCCAACAUCAAGACUUGA